GGAACUUUAGUGGAUUAUCUUCCCCUGUCUAGCAGGUGCCCGUAAAGGUGGCGCUGUUGUCGAAUAGGUCUAUUGUUCUUUCCAAUUGUUUACUUCCGCAUAUUUUGACAAGCGAUUAACCGAGUUAGACACAAUCUUUUACAAUAAUUUUAUGAUAGUUUAUACGAUAAGUCUUAAACUAUGGCUUCACAAUUUAGCAGUUUAUCUUUAGGACAACUUCGCACAGAAUUAAGAAAGAGAAAUGCAAAGUUAUCUGGACGAAAAAAGGAAUUAAUCGAGAGACUUGAAGCAUAUGAUCGCAAUCAGAACUUUAACAACUGCGAGGAGCUUAUGCCAGAGUUUCGAAUGCAAAUUCCAGCCACCAGUUGCUACAAAGAUGUCAACACCGACAUGAAGAUGGCCCCGUUUGACCGUGAGAAGGCGAAUGCAUAUAUGGAACGGUUUGGAGUUGAGUUCGACCAAGUGGUGACUUCUUUGUAUGGUGACAAGUUCUUGUUGUACCUUAGGAUGUUUUCUUCAGAAAAGUUGUGCUAUGUAAAAAGUUCAUGUAGGGCAGAAAUGAAAAAGAAAAUUGAUUAUGUCGUUGACAUUACAUUCACCAAACAUGGCUUUGUGCAUGAGGCACAGUGUGAAUGUGGUGCUGGUGAAGGUCCGUUCGGACAUUGUAAACAUAUAAGGACUGUUCUGUAUGCGUGUGUGAAAUUUGUUCAAUCCGGAGAAGUUAAGGUGGAAUCAUCUUGUACCCAACAGCUUCAGUCUUUCCACAAAUCGAAGAAACACACAGGAUCCCCGGUAAAGGCUCGAGACCUCAAGAUAGGUGGAGCUGAGAUUUGUAAUAUUGCAGACUUUGACCCCAGGCCUAGUCAGUUUAGAAAUGCUGCCAAUUACAAAGACCAUUUCUACAACACAUGUAUGAAUUUUGCUACAAUAUCAAAAACUCCAAUUUUUCAAACUUUCGAGCCAGCAAAUAUGUACGCUUAUAGCAAUGAUCACGACUAUUUCAGUACGUCACAUGAACAGAACUUUCUAAACCUCAACAAAAUUACCAAAAUAACAUCAGAAGAGUGUGAAUGUAUUGAAGAACAGACGAGGGGACAAAAUACCAAUGAUCGAUGGCAUGAGGAGCGUGGAAAGCGCAUUCAGUCCUCAAACUACCACCGAAUCUGUGCUGCGACAGAAAAGACAAGUUUAGUUGGAUUGGCCUCAACAAUAGUGCAGGGACAAGUUGUGAGGCAAAAUGAAGCGAUGCGACAUGGAUGCAAGUAUGAAAAAACUGCGAUACACAUUUAUGAGAGUGCAAGGAAUGUUAAAGUCAAGUCUUGUGGCAUAACGGUUUCACGGACACACCCAUUUCUAGGGGCAUCUCCAGAUGGAAUUGUAAAUAAAGACUUGAUAGCUGAGGUGAAAUGCCCAUUCAGUGCUAUAAAUAAAGAGAUUUCCUCAGUGACAGUGCCAUAUCUUAAGGAUGUGAACGGUUCUAGCCAUAGAGCGCCAUAA